AUGGGGAUGUAUGUCCACUUAGAGAGACCCCCGGCCUUUGUGCAUUCUGGAGGACUCAGAAGCCUGUGCGUGGCCGGGCUAAGAGACCAGGAGCGCACACAGGCCGGAAGAUGGGGCGUGUGGGUCGGUACCGCAGGCACGGAUUCAGUGUGCGGUUGGGCGGCCUGGAAUGAGAACAGUAAAUACACAGCAGUGCUCUCUGGUCCCCAGCCCGGGCUCCGGGUGCUGGCACUCGGCCACCUCUCCGCCGCCAGGCCCUGGCCCGGUUUCCUGAUCGCAGGGAUGCCCAUCCUCGCGCGGUCACACCUGUUAGGUGUCUGCGCCCCGCGCACGGGGACGGGACUGGGCGCUGCGCGGGAAGGCGGGGCGCCGGCCGCCCUUCCAGGACCGAGCCCGCGGGGCGCGGCGCGGGGGGCCCGGGGAGGGGGCGUCGCGCUGGUUUUACGCCGCCCCUCCAGAGGGCUGCCGGACGUGUUCCGCUUCCUCUUCUUCGGGAUGCACGGCUUCCUGGAUGAGAUCUUCUUCACCUUCUUCUUCAACGUGCUGGGCCACGGGGACGGCACCGCCACGGGGCACACGUCGCUCUGGUCCUUCCUGAUGUACGGCAGCUGCAGCUUCGUGGUGGAGAAGCUCUACUUCUACCUGCACCACCGCCGCGGCUGGGGCACCUGGAAGCGCGUGCCUCUCUAUGUCCUGUUCAUCUACACCUGGGAGCUGGCCUGGGGCCUGGGCCUCCGCAUGUGCGGGGCCUGCUCCUGGGACUACUCGCACUACCCGCUCAAUUUCAUGGGCCUCAUCACCCUGAUGUACCUCCCCGGGUGGCUCUUCCUGAGCGUGUACCAGGACUUGCUCUCCAACGUGCUGUGGCGGGUGCAGUACGUACCAGCUUCCUAA